AUCCUCGCCAGUGAACUGAGUGACGCAGUUGAGCUCCUUCCACAAAAGAUGCGUCUGAUUGUAUCAGUCUUUUGGAUAGUGGCAGAGACGGCGUGGGCACUGGAGGAAAACAGUGUGGACAACCUCUACGAUGAACAUUUUCCAUCUCUUCACCCUAACUGCACCCAGAGUCUCACAGACCUUCUCUUGCUGCGCCAAGAAGUCCUGCUGAAAGAACUGAAGGAGGCCGAGCAAGUGUCUGCAGGAAUCUUGAGGGAGAUAGCGGACAUCUUGACUGACAACGUUUCCUUCACGUCUAGAGAAGUAUCCUGUCCUGGUAACUUCAAAAAAAUUGGCAACACUUGUUUGUAUCUAGCCAAAGAGACCGACGUGGCUUGGGAAGCUGCUCGAGUUUUUUGUCAGGACUUGGGAGGAGAUUUGGCCGUGUUUCGAGACGCCAGUGCAUUCGCAGAGGUUCUAAAAUACGUCAAAAGUUCGGUCGCUGUAAAGGCAACGACUGUUUGGGUAGGCGGAUCAGACCACAUUGAAGAGGGGGGAUGGAGGUGGGUCUCUGGGGAGGACAUGCCAAGAGGAACGCCUUUUUGGGGAGAUUAUAAUUACGUGCGCGAACCAGCUCAAGGCACAGGGGCGAAUUGCGCCGCCCUUCAUGGCCCAGACGGUUUCUUGAUACACGAUGGAGUCUGUCAAAAUAAAUAUAAGCCUCUCUGUCAGAUUAACUUCAACAAAUAGAUCACUGGAACCUGGAUUUGUUAGACACUAGUGGGCAUUGUUAUAAAUAUCUUUACACAUUAGUUUCAAAAUGAAAAAUGUAAAUUCACGAUGAAAAAUGAUCUUGUCAAUCAUAGUUGCUCGACUGCCACGUAAAAUAGAUAGAUUAGCAUAAAAAUAUUUGUGUAUCUUUAUUUUCGAAAGUUGAAUAAGUUUCAUGCACCUCAUCUAUGCCUUGGCUAAGGAAUCUUCAUAAAAAGUAUGCGGAUAAUCAUAAAUAACUGAAGUCAAUGUCUAUGCGUACUCUUUUGUGAAUAAAAUAUGCCAAAUAUCGCU